AUGCUGAGGCCGGGUGGUGCGGAGGAAGCCGCGCAGCUCCCCUUUCGGCGCGUCCGCGCCCCUGUCUCCGAGCCCGCGCCUAGACCCACGAGCCCCGACGGCUCUGGGGCUUCGGCCCGCCUAAGUCUUGCUUGCCUUCUGCUGCUGCUGCUGCUACUGCUGCCGGCCCGCGUAGACACGUCCUGGUGGUACAUCGGGGCGCUGGGGGCCCGAGUGAUCUGUGACAAUAUCCCUGGUCUGGUGAGCCGGCAGCGGCAGCUGUGCCAGCGUUACCCAGACAUCAUGCGCUCGGUGGGCGAGGGUGCCCGAGAAUGGAUCCGAGAGUGUCAGCACCAGUUCCGCCACCAUCGCUGGAACUGCACCACCCUGGACCGGGACCACACUGUCUUUGGCCGUGUCAUGCUCAGAAGUAGCCGGGAGGCAGCAUUUGUAUAUGCCAUCUCAUCAGCAGGGGUGGUCCAUGCUAUCACUCGUGCCUGUAGCCAGGGUGAACUGAGUGUGUGCAGCUGUGACCCCUACACCCGUGGCCGACAUCAUGACCAACGUGGGGACUUUGACUGGGGUGGCUGCAGUGACAACAUCCACUAUGGUGUUCGUUUUGCCAAAGCCUUCGUGGAUGCCAAGGAGAAGAGGCUUAAGGAUGCACGGGCUCUCAUGAACUUACAUAACAAUCGCUGUGGUCGCACGGCUGUGCGGCGGUUUCUGAAGCUGGAGUGUAAGUGCCAUGGCGUGAGUGGCUCCUGUACCCUGCGCACCUGCUGGCGUGCACUCUCAGACUUCCGCCGCACAGGUGAUUACCUGCGGCGGCGCUAUGAUGGGGCUGUGCAGGUAACGGCCACCCAGGAUGGCGCAAACUUCACAGCAGCCCGCCAAGGCUAUCGCCGUGCUACCCGGACUGACCUUGUCUACUUUGACAACUCUCCAGACUACUGCGUCUUGGACAAGGCUGCAGGUUCCCUAGGCACCGCAGGCCGAGUCUGUAGCAAGACAUCUAAAGGGACAGACGGUUGUGAAAUCAUGUGCUGCGGUCGAGGGUAUGACACAACUCGAGUUACCCGUGUCACCCAGUGUGAGUGCAAAUUCCACUGGUGCUGUGCUGUGCGGUGCAAGGAGUGCAGAAACACUGUGGAUGUCCAUACUUGCAAGGCCCCCAAGAAGGCAGAGUGGCUGGAUCAGACCUGAACAUAUAAAUACCUCACUCAUCCCUCCACUUCAAACCUCCUGACUCAAAAGCACAAGACCUUUGCAUGCACACCUUCCU